CUCCCUUUUCCUGUUUUGUUGCUUUCUAAUUUUUCUCUUCUUUCUCCCUAUUCCUCCGUGCUCUGACAGGUUAUCUUUUUUUUUUUCUUCCUGUCUAAUCUAUUCUGUAUUCUUUCUGCUCUGUGUUGCUUUAUACAGAGCAUUCACUACUACUGCUCUUCUGCGUUGCUGUCAGGGCUAACUGGCCAUGCGGUAAACCCCCAGAGCAUGGCCCAGACCCCAGUUGGACCUUCCCCAACAUCCAUGGAUACACAUCGUUGAAUUACUCCGACGGUAUCGAAAUACUCUGCUCGACAUACUCAAUUGAGAAAUCCCACGAUUCCUACCGUUAAACAACCCGAACAAAAAAUCAUCCGGAACCGCGCGGAUCCUCCGAAUCCUAUCCGAUCCUCCCAUAUCUUCAUCUACUACAAACCGCCAACAUGUGCCGUCAAUACCUCACCGUCUAUGAAUGGUGCCGGUGUGAAGAAAACGCCGGCAACCUCAUUUGCGCCCCCCACGAAGAACACGAAUGCCCCGGCGUAUUCACCGAAGCCGUUCAUAUGCACUGCUUCUGCCAUUGGCAUGCCUCGAAGGGCUGGAAGACGGAGCAUAAAUUGCUUAAAAAGCAUAACAAGAUGUCGAAGAAGACUCAAAAGCGGCGUUCGACUCUGAGUGAAAAGUCUCUUACUCCGAAGAGGUGGUUUUCAUGGACCAGUUUGCGAUCGCGAAAUUCGAUCUAGUCCUUCUUUUCAGUCCUCUUUUCGUUUCCUUUUCCAUAUUGUGAUCUUGACAUUCGUUCGUCGACAUUCGUUACAUUUCAUUUCUCGUUUCUCGUUGCUUCGUUUUCUCGUUUCCUCUAGCAUUGACCAUUUUCUCUUCUUUGAAUCUGGCACUGGCGUUGGUGGAUUGAUUGAAUCUUUUCUGGGAUAACUGGCGUUAUCUAGAUAGAUUGGAGGCAGGUCAUAUACUUUUUAUCUUCAUCUCAUCUGGAGGAGUUGGUUUCUUUCCUAGGCUUGAAAAGUCUUUUUUUCUUCACUUACUGGGGUUUUUUUUUU